CAACACGCACAUUCAAACCUUAUUACUUCGUUCUCCAAGAACCCCCCACUCGAUACAAUGGCUGGUCGCGGCAAGGGCAAGACCUCCGGCAAGAAGGCCGUGAGCCGCAGCGCCAAGGCCGGCCUGCAGUUCCCCGUGGGCCGCAUUGCGCGCUAUCUGAAGAAGGGCAAGUACGCCGAGCGCAUUGGUGCCGGCGCGCCCGUGUACCUGGCCGCUGUGCUGGAGUACCUUACCGCUGAGGUGCUGGAGCUGGCCGGCAACGCCGCUCGCGACAACAAGAAGAACCGCAUCGUGCCCCGCCACAUCCAGCUGGCCAUCCGCAACGACGAGGAGCUGGGCAAGCUGCUGGGCGAGGUGACCAUUGCUUCGGGCGGUGUGCUGCCCAACAUCCACGCCGUGCUGCUGCCAAAGAAGACCAAGGGCGGCAAGGGCGAGGAGACCGCCUAAGCGGCUCCUGUAGCAAGUUGUCAACCUGCAAUCAACCAAAAAAGUCCGGUGUUUCUCAACACCACCAAUGGCUUGGCUCAUAGGGCGUGAGGGCACGGGCGAGGCCUCUCAACCAGGGGAACCCCUGCUCUCAACGGCAUCGGGAGCAAGAGCACGGGUUGGGACGGGACUGCAGGGCGCCUGUGCCGCAUGCAGCGCUUUCCAGGUGGCGGCAGCGGUGUUGAGUCAGCACCACACCAGGGAAACCAGGAGAGAAGCGGGUACUCGAGAGGACAAGUACCAACCGGAUUCAAUCCUGCUUCGGUCCUUCCCAGAAAACAUCGAUGGGUCCCAUGCAUUGUCAUGGCUGUAAGCUUUGUCUCCA